AGUUGUUAUAUUCAUAAAGUUAAAAAUAAUAGAAAUUUGAAAAAAUUUUGUGUUUAUAGAGAAGUACAUAUGGUUAAAACACAAGAAGAAACUUAAAAGUGGUCUGCAAUAUGCUGCCGUACGUUUUGUUAUACGCAAUUUUAUUGGGUGCUAAAGCUGCGCAUGCUCGAUAUUUGGUAGUGACGUCAUUGUUGUUAUUUGCGGGGGUUGCUCAAGGCAGUCAAAUACAAAAAUUACAUUCAAGGCAAAAUAUGCUGAGCCUUGAUGAUUCUGUCUUCGUUGAAACAUCGUCGAGUGUAGUUCAAGAUUGGAGUUUGGUGUGCAAACAGCUCUGCGGAGCUGGCCUAGGGGGCGUACCUUGCGCCUCCAUUUGUACCACCAAUUCGGCGGCGCUAUCUAAGCAACAAUUGGCCUUUAAUCUGCUGCAUCCAAACAAAAUACUAAUUUGUCAGGAUUUAUGUAAACUACAACUUGGUGAUGACGUGUGUGAUUGUAAACGUAACACAGCAAUAAAGCCUAUAAGUGAAAAGGAACUUAAUGGGGUUUGCGAUACGUUCUGUACAUAUAAUAAAGCAACGCUGACCGGUUGUAGUUUAUGUCAACAAGUCACAUUAUCCGAUAUUCAGCAGAGAAUUGGUGACGAGAAGCCAUUGUUGAAAGUUCAGCGUGACACCGAAGAGGCUGAAGCUGCUGCUGACGACACCACACCCGAUUGGAAUGAAUUAUGUGUAUCGCUUUGUAAAACGGGAGAUGGCGGGUCUUUGUGCAAUUGUGAUUUGUCACCAUUCUUUUUCAAGUAGUUCAAGUCAACGAAGAAAGUAAGAUGUUAAGACCACAGAAAGAGAGGUGGUAAAGGAACGUGGUGUUGAUUGGAAUGAUCAUCGAUAAUGAGACAUUAGAAAAGGUUUUAACAUUUUAUGUAUCCGAUGUUGUCAUAGGACUUCUUGUGGUGUGACAAUUUUACAAAAUUUUUGAUUUAAUAGAUAAUUUAUUGUUGCUAAAAGUAUAUUUAUAUUGAGUUUUGAUCUUUUUUCUUGUGUUGUUAUUAACACUAUGUUAUUUGUUUUAUUAAAAUCUUUUAAAUUGUUAUGAAUGUUUAAUAAAAAUUUUAAAUUUUAAUAUAAUUGCUACUAUUUGUUUUGUUUUUGUUUUUUGUAUAGAAUACUCUAAAAGUGAAUAUGGGUUUUAAAUUCUAAAAAUUAAAAACUAAGAUCAUAUUGGCUUCGUUUCUAAUAGAGCAAUGUGUUAUAAAACGCUUUCAAGAAAUAUUUCUAAUUUAGUAAAUAAUUUGUUAACUGUUAAAUAAUUUAAUUGUUAUAUUUCUUUAUUUUUUUUAUUGUGGAAAGGAUAAUGUCUCAUAUGAGACAUGUCAGUUAGCGAAAGAUGAGAAGAGAAAUAUUUACACUAACAAUUGAAAUUCCCUAUGCGAAUCAAUUAAUUUGUAAUAAUUUGAAACAAAGAUAUAUAUACAUAUAUAUAGAAAAUAUAUAUACAAUAUAUACAAAGCAAUUAGUUGAAAAAGCAACAAACGUAGGCAUUAUUUAAAGUAAAUGUGUAAAACAAUAGAGUUUAUUAUAUAGCACAAAACUAUAUAUAAAAAGUAAUGCAUUAUUUCAGCAAAAUAAUAAAGGUGAACACAAACAUAAAGCAUAUAAAAGAAGAUACUUUAUUAUUUAAAUAAUUUUAAAUAAUUCAAAUGGAUUUUUAUAUAAAAUAAAAAACAUAAACGACAAAAUCAUCGCAGGUCUUCCAGUUGUGCUCGAAUCUGAGAUAAUGUACCUUCUUGAGGUACAACUACGAACUCAGAAUUCUGCACAGCAUUUUGAACCUUAGAAUAAUAAUAAUAAUAUUAAUAAUAAUAUAAAGAUAUAUAUAAUAUAAUAUAACAUAUAUGAACAUAUAACAAGAACAACCAAAAAUAUAAAUAUACCAAACAUAUCCUGUCUGAACAUUUUUUCCUUUUGUUUUUUAUUAAUGGAAUCAGCAUAUCAAUUACAAAAAU